GACGUCAUUGAGACUAAUUUUCGAAUCGUUGCGAUUUGAUUAAGCUAUUUUUGUUCUGUUUACAACUGAUUACGAUCAGUUUUGACUCAUUAAGAUGGCCUAACAUUGCAUGAAAAUCACUCUAGUUGUGAAUACCAGCCGGGACUCGGAAACCUUUGAGGCGAGGAUGGUUCGAGGGAGCAGUCAGUUUUUUUGUGCGCAUCAAAGUGCUUCGCGUUGUAUGUUUCACACCGUGUAAACGCAUAUGUGUCUCGAGUGUCAGAAUAAACCAGGACUGCAUUCGACUUAUCCAACUGUACGACAGCUAUCGAUUUUUGUGGGAUACUAAAGAUAAAAGUCAUCAUAAUAAGAACAAGAUAAAGGCUGAAUGGAUGGAAAUGAUUGGCUCAGUGUUGAAAAGAACAAUGUAACACUGCAAUGGGAAAGUCAGACGCCAAAAUGGAUUUUUGGACUUGGCAAAAUGUUCUACAUCGUUGACCCCGAGUUGACAAUGUACGCCAAACCAGAUGACGUGCCACUUAUGUUCAGGCAGUCAUGGCCUUACUUUAUAACAUUUAUCUUUUUGGAAAAUUUGAUCCUCUUCCUACAGAGGAAGCCUACCGCCAGAAUCAAUGACGGCAUAACUUCUUUGGCCCACGGACUAUUGCAAGAAGUCGGAAGGCUUGUAUUUCGAGGAAGUGAAAGCGUGCUGUAUAUAUGGAUCUAUGAUAAUUUGAGAUUUUGCGACUUGCCUUGGAAUUCCGUUUCCACUUGGUAUCUCGCAGCAAUCGGCGUCGACUUCUGCUAUUAUUGGGUGCACCGAGCAAGCCACGAGGUUCAUAUUUUAUGGGCUCAGCACCAAGUGCAUCACAGCUCGGAAGAUUUCAACCUCACGGUAGGCUUGCGACAGUCUGUUGUUCAGAAUUGGUGUGGCUUUGUCUUCUACUUGCCUUUAGCUUUAUUUAUUCCACCGUCUAUAUUCCUCACGCACCAACAGUUCAACUUGCUUUACCAGUUUUGGAUUCACACAGAGACCAUAAAGACAUUGGGGCCUUUGGAAUGGUUGUUAAACACCCCAAAGCACCACAGAGUCCACCACGGUAGCACUUUGCGUUGCUUGGAUAAAAAUUACGGCGGGACGCUCAUCGUCUGGGACCGGAUUUUUGGAACGUUCGCCGAGGAAAAAGAAAAAGAAGAAAUGAUUUACGGUCUUGUUUUGAAUCAACCUUCUUAUAAUCCACUUUACCUUCAAGUGUUUUACAACGUGCACGUACUGAAUAAGUGGAAAGCAAUGGACGGUUGGGCGAACAAAAUAUCAGCGAUAGUCAAAGGGCCUAGUUGGCUGCCAGGAAAACCGUGGACAGGAGCCGAAGAAGAUAAAAUAAACGUACAAAGUAGGAAAAAAUACGAUGUAAGACUACCUACAUGGUGUAACAUUUACUUAGUGUUACAUUUCAUUGUGAUCGUCAUCAGCUUUCAAGAUCUUGCAGAGAGACACGUUGCGAUGAGCACAGUUUCAUUCUGGGUUUUCGUUACGUACAUAGUCGUUUCACUCACUGUGAUUGGAAUGAUGUUCGAUAACGGUCCGAACGUGUUCGUCCUGGAGAUGUUGAGAUGCGCUGUACUUUCGUCCAUGAUCCAGAGGAACGCGUUGUACAUCAAUGUUCCGUUUCUCAAAUGGUUUUUUCUGUGUUCCGUCCUAUUCUGGAUAAUCCACUGCCUCAAAGUAUUACAGGCGAAAUUAAAGACGAAACCAUUUCGAGAUUAAAGCGUGGAAAUAUGACAAUUUAAAACUAAACUAGUGAAUUUGUGAAAUAUUUCCAUUUUAUCGUCGUUUCUUUUAAAAAUGUAUAU